GUCCUCAGCCAAAUUCAGUCUGUAGUAACUGAAAAACCGCCCCACCAAAAAAAAAAAAAAAAACCAUGAAGGAAGAGCAGCGAUCGCUUCUGCUGAGCACCACCUCUCGCUUCCCUCCACCGCCGGGAGUGAAGCUGUCUUACGGAACCGCUGGGUUCAGAGCCGAUGCCGGAGUACUGAAAUCGACGGUGUACAGGGUUGGGAUAUUGGCGGCUCUCAGGGCUCUGAAAUCGGAAUCGGUGAUCGGAUUGAUGAUCACCGCCUCGCACAACAAGGUCUCCGAUAACGGAGUCAAAGUCUCCGAUCCAAACGGCGGGAUGCUCUCUCAGGAUUGGGAACCUUUCGCCGAUGCACUUGCUAACGCUCCUACUCCGGAGGAUCUCCUUCGGUUGGUGGAUGAAUUAACUGCAAACAAAGGAAUCGCUUUGGACGGAACCACAUCGCUGGAGAUUCUUGUGGCCAGAGACACUAGACCCAGUGGCGAGUCUCUGCUUGAGGCUGCUAAGCUCGGAAUUGAAUCGGUGAUUGGAGCGGUUGCUUCGGACAUGGGGAUUUUGACAACUCCUCAGCUGCAUUGGAUGGUUCGAGCUCGGAACAAUGGCGAAAAAGCUUCCGAAAAUGAUUACUUGGAACAACUUUCGAGCUCGUUCAAGUGCUUGAUGGAUUUGAUUCCGAGUGGAAAUGAAAAUAAUCAAGUGGGUGAUAAGUUGAUCGUGGAUGGGGCAAAUGGUGUGGGUGGAGAGAAACUGAUAGUUUUGAAGGAGAUGUUAAAGCUGAAGGGUUUGACGAUUGAGGUUCGGAACACUGGGAAGGAAGGAGGUGUGCUCAAUGAAGGUGUUGGGGCUGAUUAUGUGCAGAAAGAGAAGGUUGUUCCAAAUGGAUUUGGUUCACAGGACUUUGGGAUACGGUGUGCCAGUUUGGAUGGAGAUGCUGAUCGCCUUGUAUAUUUUAUUGUGCCAUCAAAAAGUGGAAACAAUAUUGAACUUGUUGAUGGGGACAAGAUUUCAUCUUUGUUUGCUGUAUUCAUCAAGGAACAACUAAGCAUUCUCAAAAAGGAAGGAGGUGCUAAAUUGAGUGAAGAUUAUCCAUGUCGUAUUGGUGUUAUACAAACUGCUUAUGCAAAUGGAGCAUCCACAGAUUUUCUGAAACAGUUAGGCCUUGAAGUUGUAUUUACUCCAACAGGAGUGAAGUACCUGCAUGAGAAAGCUGCUCAGUACGAUAUUGGGAUCUAUUUUGAAGCAAAUGGCCAUGGCACCAUCUUGUUCUCAGAAUUUUUCUUACUCUGGUUGAAAACCACAAAUAAUGAACUUUGUUCUGUUGCUAAAGGUUCAGAACAGCAAAAGGCUGCUUCAAGACUCUUGGCAGUCAGUAGGUUGAUCAAUCAGGCUGUUGGAGAUGCUUUGAGUGGGAUGCUCUUGGUGGAGGCCACUUUGCAACACAUGGGAUGGUCAAUAAAUCAAUGGAACGAGCUUUACCGUGAUCUACCCAGUCGGCAACUAAAGGUGAAGGUAGCAAACAGAACUGCUGUUGUUACAACCAAUGCAGAAACCAAGGUUGUGAAACCCCCUGGCAUCCAAGAAGCCAUUAAUGUUGAAACUGCUAAGUAUCCUAAAGGCCGAUGUUUCAUACGACCAUCAGGAACAGAAGAUGUUAUACGCGUAUAUGCAGAGGCAUCGACACAGGAUGAAGCAGACAGGCUAGCCAACUCUGUAGCAAACCUGGUGGAUCGGUACCUUGGGGUUAGGAGCUCUUAAGAACCUCUCCAUUCCUCCAUUUUGUCAUUAACUGAAACUGACAAUUCCUGUUUUUUACAUACACUGGUCUUCCAUUUGACUAACUGGUCGAGAAUGACAAUUUUUCCAAAGUAAGCUUUUUCUAGUUUGAAUUUGAAUCCUGGACAUUUGAGUGGUGCACUAUUAUGUACAUGGAGCACGGCUGGGAGUGGAAGAAUUCAAAAUAGAUAUGUUGAAGAUAAUCUGGAAAAGUUACAUCAAACCUUACAUUAACAUGGGAUUGAACAUAUAUAUAUAUAUAUAUAUUGAUAAGUAA